UUGUCAAUAACAUAGUUAACUAAAAAGACCAGGUUUUAGUUACUGUUUAAAACUGUACAUAAAAACCAAACAAAUGUGUCAAUGACUUGAUUUGAUUUGUCAAUUUUAACAUACAAGGGGAGAGACAGGUUUCGCCUGCAAGUCAGCUUCGGUUAAUGUCUGGACGCUGAUGCGACAUUGUAUUUUGCAUAGUACUUGCAAUAUUUUGGAUUUUGAAAAGUUACUUGAUUCGAUUAAUUUUUAAUCGGUACAAGUCAUAAUGGGUGAACCGACACUUGAGCCAGAGUUAACUAACCGGCUAACCCGGUACCUCCACACUGGUAAUGAGUUCCCUAGGUACUAUCCUGGGUGCUGGACCACUCAUAAGUACUUCGACGAGGACAAACUCCCUGUUCUCCCCCAGAUAACAGAAAUACACCCCGGGAAUACAGAAGCUGUUGAUAUCAUCCUUAAGGCUUGCCAGGAUGGUUAUUACACACGGUUUGACACAAUUGCCUUUGCUUUGGCUAAAUGUCUCCAAGUGGGCAACAGCAGUAUGAAAGAAGCUGCCUACAAAGCUGCAAUGAAAAUAUGUGUCACUCCUGAGCAAAUGAUGCUCUUCACUAAGUUUACACGACUUUUGAAGACUGGUAAUGGCCGAGGUUGGUGUCGUACCGUGAAGGAGUGGUACAACAGCAAAGAUGCUAUGCAACUUGCGAAGGAUGUAACGAGAGUUCGCGCUCGCCAUGGACGGUCUCAUAAAACUCUUCUCAGAAAAUCUCACCUCAAGGUUGCAGCUGAUGAUUAUGCUCGCGAUGCUGUUGUGAAGUACGCCAUCUAUGGCCUCAAGCACGCCAAACAGAUAGUUGGUGAUAAGGAAGAAGCUAAGGCUAUCUUUAAUUAUAUUCAGAAGGUCGAAGAUUUUAGACAUUGCGAAGAUCCCUUGGCUGCCGCGGCGAUCGCAACUCAGAACCAAUUUACACUUGAUCAUGUACCUGGUCAUUUGUUGACUUCCCAGGAGGUUUGGGAUGCAGUGUUGCCGGAGUUCAGCUUGGAGGAAUUACUUCACAAUAUUCAACGCAUCCACAAUAUGGGCUUCUUGGAUAACGAUUCUACCACCACCUCAAUCCUGGUAUCUCUACUGAGCAACAAGGACAAAAUAAAGAAGUCCAAAGUGACCGCUUUGGAGGUCUACAUUACAAUGGCGAAUUAUUCAAAGAAAUCAAAACCGAUGAAGUACGAGAAAGCAAAGGUGGCGUUGGAAAGGGAAGCUAGACGCCGCACCCGGCAAAUUUUCGACACAGAAACGGAUACCUGGGUCUGGAUCACUACCAAGCGUCACCCGAGAGAGGCGAAGAAUUGGGGUAUCGACCAGCCACCAAAUCCAGCGGUGUUGACAGCUCUGAACAAGCUAGUUGAUCUCACCUGGGCCCUAACCCCGCCUAUUAACGCUCGCUACUUGAUUACUAUGGACAUGAGACACCACAUGUUCAAAGGUCGUCACUUCUGCAAGACAUUCACGGUCCCAGCGAAGAAGGGUAAGAAGGCAGCAGCGAAACCAGCGCCACCUGCUGGUGGCGGGGAUGCCGAUACUGAGAAGAAGAGUAAGAAGCAUCUCCUUGCCGAGUGCUUUUACAACGUUAAUGUAACACCUGGACAUGCAGCCAUUGUCCUGGCACUGCAACUGUUGAAGCGAGAGAACCACGUUGAUUUGGCCGUUUUCACUGAGGAGGGAAUACAGAUAGUCAGUGUUGAACGGAAUUUUAGUAAUAUGGAGGAAGCCGAGUUCCUGUUUAGGAACGCGAACUUAGGACGUGUACAGCUAGAUGCACCAAUCAACUACGCAAUGAAGAACCACAAGAAAUACGAUGUAUUCAUCAACAUGGUGGAUCGUACCACGCGCUACAUGGAGUUAGAUAUCAACAGCCGCGGGGGGCGCGGGCCCGGCGGUCGCUACGGUCCGCCGCCGCCACCCACCAAGGAGAUACCCGACCACUGCCCCGUACGAGCUCUGCAGCGAUACCGUACCUCUGAGGAAAUUCUUGACGCAAAGUUGGUAGUGAUGAGCCUGGCGUCUCAUAAAGUGUGUACGACUGAUGGUACUCACGAAGGAGUCCUUGACAUCGUCGGUAUCGACGAGCACGUUCCCAAAAUCCUCGACGCCUUUGUGCUUGGCCAGUUCAAGUGAUUGCUGCUGAUUAAUAACCCAAAAAAAAAGCUUCGAAGUUUGUCAAUUUUAUAACGACCACAAGGUCGUAAUCUCAAUCGAAAACGACCUUUUACCUCAGUAUUUACAAUGAAAUUGUGUCCAUCAAUAAAUCAUUACCACCUUGUGUUCCGAGGCUGAUACGAUUGAUAAACGGAACUGAUAUUUUCUAAUAUAAAUCUGAAUGUAAUUCUGAUUGUUUAGAGAUCUUUCGUUUUAUAUAUUUGCAUGUUUUUUAGUGUUAAUUUUAUUUUAUUUUGCUUACAAGGUAGUUAUGGGACAGUUUCGUAUUUAAAAUAACUGUUUCUCCUAACCCUGAUUUGGAUCUCUGCUUAUGAAUUAUUAUUGGUAGGCGCACUCGAAUUAAGCUCCAUUUACAUGAUGCAUGUUUCUUGUCUGUUGCGUACAGUUCAUUAGAGCAAUAAUUGAAUAGCAUGGUCUAAACAAUACGUAUGGUAUCAUGUUAACGUCGCCUUAAUUUAUUGAAUUCAAUUAUUGCUCUUGUAUGUUCAAGAAAAUGGUAUCAAGUAAGUGAGCCUUUAGUUUUAAGUAAAAACACGAGUGUACACUCAGUACAUAUAAUUGGCGCACAUCUACAGAAAUAUCGUAUUACCAGGGAAUCAAUAUUAACCGGUAGUGGUAUUAUAACGACGUUAUUGCUUUAGAUUAUAGCCUAUAAGUUUACAUAUUGACACGUGUGUUGCUUGUUAGCGUAGACUAAAUUAAUUAUUUAAAUGUUUACUAGGGAAUCGAGUUGGUUGCUUAACGUUAUUACAUAUAACCAGGUUAUUUAUUCUGCAUAAUACAAGUAUUUUUGAGAAAUUGUCAUUUUAACUUUGUUUGGUGGUAGAACAAAUUGUUUACUGAACUUUUAUAGGUUCAUUAUAUAUUUAUUCUUCCCCUUUAUAUGAUAACGGAGUACGAUACUUUAGAUGUAGAUAAGCUUUAUACUGUUAGCCUAAAUAUUCGUAACAGGGUCUUUUUGGUUAAACAAAAAUUGGCACCUGGCGCUCAUUAAUCAGUUAUGUGUUUGAUAAACAAUAACUUGCAAAGGGGGUCAAACCGUGACGAAAGGGGGAAAUGUCUUUUAUUUAAAAUCUAUAAAAGAGUGUAUUUCACACAGCUGUCGUAUACUGCACCUCCCGUAAAUAAAUGUUUGAACGCCAGUACUUUUAUAGUAGUUGUUGAGUUUCAAAUUUUUAUUUAUUUCUAUUUUUUGGGGCCAUUGACAGGUCACUAGUGAGGUUGUAUGUUUUAACCGUUUUUGUAUUUGCCAAAGUAAUUAUGCAUUUGUAAUUUUAUUCGAAGAGUACUGGCCCGCAAACGUUAAUUAGUAUAAGAAUUAAUUAUUAUAGCAUAUCUUGUUAAUAUAGUAUAAUGAAACCAGGUGUGUGCUCAUGUGGAAUGUCUCAUUAACAUUUGUUGUGAUAGAAUGAGACACUCGAAUCCUAAGAGAAACAAUGAAAUAAACAGAUGGGCAUGCAUCUGUAUUCAUAUGUAGCUAAUAGGUAAAACCGUUUCAGAACAUUGGUUACUUUUGUACUAAUAGAUAUGAGCGGACUUUUCAAAAUCUGUGAUCACUUGGUACUCUCUCGGGUUUAAGUAAUUUUUAUACCUGUAAAAGUUAAUAAAUUCAAAACUUAGAUAAAGGAAUUUGAAAUUGCUAGAUGCUUUCUUAUAUGUAUCAAUAUAUUGUUGAGUAAUAUACAUUGUAAGAAUGAAAAGCUAGUAUUAUGGUGGUCGAGAAUCAUUUACUUUAUGCUUGUAUUGUGAUUGAUGUCACAUUAACUUUUGUUGUAGUUUUCAUACAUUUUAUUUUUUGGACCAUUCACAGGUACUUAUUUAUUAUUUUGUGAUUCGACGCAUCUGUUUCCAGUGUAUGGUUCGUAUCUCAAAAAUAGCAUUCUGUGAUUUAUAAUGCCUUGGCAACUCUGCACUUUGGUGAUAUUAUUUUAAAUCGGACUUGUUUUCUUUGAAAUCCAAAAUGAGUUAUUAAAUUUGAAGAAAACAGCCGGUUCUAGUUUUAAUAAUAACUUUAUAGUAUUAUGACUACAAAACAUAACUCUGUUGUUAACUGAAAACAAGUACACGAGUACUUUUUAUACAUAUUUAAAUCACGUGCAUAUUAUACGAAGCCUAGUGCAUUUUUGCUUUGACUUACUGACAAAUAAAAAAUGUCCGUCCUGACUACAAAAUGUCUGUUGUAUUUCAAUACACCUAAUGUGCUUUUAGUGUUAAGUUAAAGUAGUACACUUAUAAUCAUAUUAUUUUAACCCAUUCACAGCCGCAUAUCAAAAGAAGCACCUUAAAACCUAAUGAAUAACAAAAUGUAUAACAUUCGAAAAAUGUACUUGCAUGUUUGUUUUCACGUCAAUAAAUUGUUUAAGUAAGCAUAGUUUUUGGCUUUUAUUUUUUGUUGUACCAACAUGACUAACAUUGAACAUAAGUAAUAGAAACAAUAAAACUCAUAAGACGAGC